AUGCUUUUGUCAAAGGGUGAGCGCCCGUGCCCCAAAAGUUGUCGUUGUGAUGGAAAAAUUGUCUACUGUGAGUCAAGCGCCUUUCGUGAUGUCCCCAAGAACCUCUCAGGAGGCUGCGAGGGCUUGUCUUUACGGUACAACAGCCUCGCCAGUCUUCGUGCAGGCCAGUUUGUAGGCCUCAACCACCUCAUCUGGCUCUACUUGGACCAUAAUUACAUUGCCUCUGUGGAUGCAAUGGCCUUCCAGGGGGUCCGCAGACUUAAAGAGCUGAUCCUGAGUUCCAACAAGAUCACAUCGCUCCACAACACCACAUUCCACCCUGUCCCUAAUUUGCGUAACCUGGACCUGUCGUACAAUAAAUUACAAGCCUUGCAGCCUGGGCAGUUCCAGGGGCUGCGGAAGCUUCUCAGCCUUCACAUACGCUCAAACUCUCUAAAAAUUGUCCCAGUGCGUCUGUUCCAAGAUUGCAGAAAUCUUGAGUUUCUCGAUCUGGGUUACAACCGAUUGCGCAGUAUCACCAGGAAUGCAUUUUCAGGCCUUGUCAAGCUCACUGAGCUGCAUCUGGAGCAUAACCAAUUCUCAAAGAUCAAUUUCUCUCACUUUCCUCGCCUCUACAAUCUGCGGGCUCUCUACUUGCAGUGGAAUCGCAUUCGCUCAAUGAGCCAGGGCCUGACCUGGACCUGGGCCUCCAUCCAGAAACUAGAUCUAUCUGGGAAUGACCUGACGGAAGUAGAUGCUGUGGUUUACCAAUGCCUACCCAACCUGCAGACCCUCAACCUGGACUCCAACAAGUUGACCAAUGUUUCUCAGGAGGUGGUUGAUGCCUGGAUCUCUUUGACUAUGAUUAGCUUAGCUGGGAAUGUAUGGGACUGUGGCCCUGCCAUUUGUCCUCUGGUGGCCUGGCUGAGAAACUUUAGAGGGGCAAAGGAGACAACAAUGAUUUGUGCCUCCCCCAAGAAAGCCCAGGGUGAGAAAGUGAUGGAUGCUGUCGAAGCUUUUGGCGUUUGUCAAUCAAACCCGGCAACGACACCCACAGUGAGUAUUCCUCCAAACCCUUCCAGUGUCCCUGUGCAGACCGACCGUCGCCCGGCCAUUCUGGCUUCACCCACCGGUUCUGGAAAGAGAAGCGAGGGAUCCCUUAGGGGUCCCACAUCAUCAGCAGUUACUCCACCUGUGGCACUUCCCCCAGAGCAAGACUUGGAGCCCGUGUCCUUCCAUAAAAUUGUGGCUGGAAGCGUUGCCCUUUUUCUAUCCGUUGCGAUGAUCCUGUUGGUGAUCUACGUGUCCUGGAAGCGCUAUCCCAGCAGUGUCAAGCAGCUGCAGGAGCAUUCGGCAGCAGCCCGCAAACGUCGCAAGAAAGCUAGAGAGACGGAGCGCACCCUGAGCUCUCCCCUGCAGGAGUACUAUGUGGACUACAAGCCCACCAAUUCUGAGGCCAUGGAUGUGCUUGUCAAUGGGACCGGACCAUGCACCUAUACCAUCUCAGGCUCCCGAGAAUGCGAGGUAUGA